CGUUGCUAUGGUGUCUAAAAAGGCUUCUAAGAAGUUCAAUAAGGCGCAGUCGAAGGUGUCGGCUAAGGCGAAGCAAAAGGCUAAGUUGACAGAGAAGAUCAAGCGCAGAGAUGAGAUCAAGGAAAGCAAACGGAAAGCUAAGCUCACUGAGGCAGAGCUGGAGGGGGCAGGGGAAGAGGAGGACAUGGAUGCGGAACUCAAUGCGCAGCUGGCCGAUAUUGGGUCAGACGAUGAGGCGGUGUUCUGUGUACCCGAUGGCAUGGAUGGGGAGGAGGAACUCGUGGAGGCUCUCAAUGAGGGGGAAGAGGAGAAGACGUCGUCGACGGGGGAAGGGGCGGAAGGGGAUGAAGCCGAUACGCAUAUGAAGGAAUUGGAGGCUCUUAAGGAGACCGAUCCAGAGUUCUAUAAGUUCCUUCAAGAGACGGAUCAAGACCUGUUAGAGUUCGGCCAAGGAGAGGAGGUCCAGCAGGGCCCUGACGCGAAGACGAAGAAGCCGAAGCCGGAGGCUGAUACCGGGGUGCUCACGAUGGAAUUGUUGAAUCAGCUGACUGAGGCGGCUGAAGGGAAGAAGGACGGCAAUAAGUCCUUGAAGGCCCUCCGAGCAGUCCUCUCGGCCUACCGCGUGGCCAGCCGUAUGAGCAGAGGAGAGGCAAAGGAAGGCGGCGAGUCUGAGGAAGCUGAGGGAUCUGCCACUGGUGUGCGAAUAGAGGAUGCCGCGGUGUUCAAUGCUGUGUUGGAAUGGACCCUCAAGAAGGCCCCUGAGCUGUUGGAUUAUCACGACAAGCAAGUAGCUAAGGCUAAGGGAAAGGAGGCGGCCUCUGGUGGCGGCAAGACGUAUAUGUUGGGACGUAUGUUCUGGAGCGAAAGUCUCAGCCUGUUGCAGCAACUGACCGAUCUCGACACUCAGGAAUUUGUCCUGUGGCAACUCUCUGAUGCUAGUGCUCUGAAAUACCUCAUGCCCUUGAAGAAGCUGAAGCCGCUUGUUAUCAAUGAGCUAUGCAGGAAGUGGGCUAAGGGAGCCGCCCAAGGGACCAAGCUGGCGGCCUUUUCGGCGCUGUAUAACUUGGUUGGGCACAUUCUGAAGAAUGCUGCUUCCUCUAAGAAGGGCACUGAGGCUGCUGGACGGGAGGUUGAGGGCAUCAUGAGACGGAUGUAUAGAGCGUAUGUCGUAUCGUUACAGAGGGUACCUGCCCUUACACACAGGCAACUGUCGGCUUGUCGGUUCAUGGAGAACUGUAUUGCGGAAAUGCUCACUCUCGAGCCACAGGCUGCCUAUCGUAUAGCGUUCACUAGUAUCCGUCAACUUGGCGUCAUACUGAGGUCAGCCAUGAAAGCUCAGAGUAAAGGCAUCAAGUCGAUUACCCCGGGUCAAGUCGGUGGGUCUAAGGCGAGCAAGGCGGCAGCAGGCGGCUCGGCUGGUGUUGAUUCGGUCCGUCAGUUGUAUAGUGUUUGCUAUGUGAGAAGCUCUGCAGUCUGGGUUGCUGCUAUGGAGCGACUGCCAGAGCAGUUGAAGGACUUGUUACACCCCCUGAUGGUGAUACUGCUGUGUGCGGCCAAGUCGAAGGAAGGCCAUACGGUGUACCUGCCUUUCGUACUGCAUAUGCUGGAGCUUGCCAACUGCCUAGCAGAGAAGGCUAACGUCUUUGCUCCACUCACUUCUCUAUUGUUACGAGGGUUAUCGAAUCUGGCGGCUAAGGAGAAGCAACAAACUAGUACUAGACGAUCAGCAGCUACCUCUACGGACUUGAAGCCAACUCAGGUUGACCUCGUCGUGAGGGUGUCUGAGAGGCAACUCGACAACCGUCCAACUAGCCAGGCUUUGCGGAAAUACCUAUUAUUCGUCCUCACACACCACCUCGCAUUAUUGGCCCGUAGCCCUUCUUAUCCGGAAAUAACAACACCGCUGAUGACGCAUCUGAGGAGGCUACAGAAAUCUAAUUUGGCCGUUAAACAUGAAUUGAAGCCGUUGAUCUCACUUUCGGAGGAGACCUCGGCACAAGUCACACGCAUGAGGAGUUCGUUGAAGUCGCCACCAGAGCAGUUCAUGAUCUACAACUACAGUGACACUGCUAUGGGUAAGGCCUAUGUACAGCAGCAGAAGCAAAGGGAAGAGGAGGAGAAGAGCAAAAUAGAGGCUAUGAUGAAGGGCGACCAAGAGAUCGAACAGAGGCUCAAGCGCCAGAGGGUCGAGGAAACUGGAGAGGCAGAGGAGGGCCCAGAGAGGAGUAAGCGGUCGUUGAAGCGGCAGAGGCAGAAGGAGAAGAAGAGACAGGCGUGGCUGGCGGCACAGACAGCGGCGGCUGAGGCAAUCGGGGAGGCAGCCCAGCAGGAUAGUGUCCACGAGAUGACAUUCUCGGACUCCGAGGGGGAGGAGUAAUGGCAGCCCCUACGUCCACUACAACGUUAUUAAUACUCUACCAACGUCGGAACGUUUCUUCU